CUCUCUCUCCCCCUCUCACUCCUUCGUAAUGGUUAAAAUGUAGGGUACCGUCGAGAAGCAUCCUUGUUCUUUAUUACUUCAGAGCCGAAACAGCGAAUUUUCGUGGCUCCUCAGCCUCCCAAGCACCCGUCAGAUUCGGAAGUUCAUGAAGAACCUGACCCUUCAGCCAAUAUUUUCCUGAAGGAUUAUUCAAGCAAUCUGAAGAGAGCAGUUAACGCUAUCUCAGGCAAACUUGGUGAGUCGAUUAUGUUUGGUUUUAUCUGUUCAAGGCAACAAUUGUUACUCACAUACAGGAGGACCCAACUGGGUUUCAUUCAGAAAAAUGCAUUCUUUUUGGUCAAAUCAUUUACAUCAAAAGGUUUAUUUCAAUAUGAGGACAAGCAACAAGAAGGGAAACCUUCUUUUACGGUGUCUUACCUCAUAAAUUCUUGUGGGUUGUCCCCAAAAUCAGCUAUUUUAGCUUCCAAGAUUGUAGACCUUGAAAACCCAGAUAGACCAGAUUCAGUGCGUAACCUUCUCAAAGAGAAUGGAUUCACCAAUAUCCAAAUCACUACAAUUGUACGAAGACGCCCACAAUUGCUUUUAGCUGAUCCUGGUAAAAUCCUUUUGCCCAAAAUUGAGUUUUUGCGUUCUAUAGGGCUUUCAAGCUCUGAACUCCCGAAAAUCAUCACCAUGUGCCCUGAACUACUGCGAAGAAGCCUAAAUCAACAUCUUAUACCCUGCUAUAAUUUUCUCAAGAGCGUACUUCUUGAAGAUGAUAAAGUCAUCACUACUUUAAAGCGCUCGUCACGGGCUUUUCUAAAUAGUGUAGUGGAUAAUAUGGUUCCAAAUAUUGAACUUUUGAGAGAGAUUGGAGCGCCUCAAUCUACCAUCUCUCUGCUGGUGACUAAUUAUCCGGAUAUGGCGUUCAUUAAGCAUGGUAGGUUUGAUAUGGCUCUCCAGGAGGUGAGAGAAAUGGGAUUUGAUCCUUCAAAAUCGGCGUUUGUCCUUGCACUCCAAGUGAUUUUAAAAGUGAAGAAACCAAAAUGGGAAUCUAAAUUGGAGGUUUAUAAGAGGUGGGGUUGGUCCAAGGAUGUUGCUUUCUUAGCGUUUAAAAGGGCUCCCCAAUGUAUGCUUGUAUCAGAAGAGAAGAUUUGCAAGGCAAUGGACUUCCUCGUGAAUCAAAUGGGUUUCUCUUCCGAAGAUAUUGCUAGAAAUCCUAUUGUUAUACUAUUAAGCUUGAAGAAGAGGAUUAUCCCUAGAUGUUCAGUUGUUCAAAUUUUGCAAGCCAAUGGUUUUCUCAAGAAUGAUAUAAGCUCAUCGACUAUCUUACUACCUAAUGAAAAGCGCUUUCUUGACAAGUACGUGAUCAAAUUUCUGGAUCAUGCUCCUCAACUGAUGAAUGUGUAUCGGGCUCAGAUUGAACUUCUUGAUGUAGAAAUCCAAUCUGCUAAGAUUUGACAUAUCUGUAUGGGAAUGUAGUUUCCAAGACAACAAUCUGGGAUAUUAUUCUUUGACACAAAUUAGCAGUUUCAAAAUAGACUUUUUAACUUAUGCUUGUAACUACUAUGUAGAGGAAAAGGGAUCUAUAGUUGGAGCCUCCUUGAUAAAGAGACAAGAGUAAUUCUGAUGGCUUUAGCUUUAGCGUGCAA